AUGAUUCCCGACACCCCGUCUGAAACCUUUGUCUCUACCUCCACCUCGUCUGCUGCGGUAACCUUUGUCUCUACCUCCCCGUUCGCCUCUGAUCAGCCUGCGGUCGGCAAGUUCAAGCGCGCAAAGAAUGCGUCGGACGCCCUCAACACGACCCGCGCCCUGGCCGACCCGGGGUAUGCCUACGCGGUACUCGAGGCGUACAUUCGCGGCAAGUUUGCCCGCGGGCGCAACAAGUUCCAGAUCCAGCACAAGCUCGACAUGCUGGAGCGCCGGAUGCCCCACUUCGCGGCCGACUUUCACGCCGUGCGCGCCAACACUGGUCUUGCGCCGAGCCGCGCGCUUCCGCCAGCACCGCCCCCUCCAUAUUCGAAGCAGUGCUCUUGCGCCUGCACCUGUGGAGCGCACCCCGGCGGCUCCAUCGGGGACGCACAUGACGACUCGCCGAGCGACACGCCGCUAGACACACCCGGUAUCCACGAGGUGCCUAUCGGGCCUCUGGCGGCGCCGGGCUCACCAAAUGGCUCGGACAUGUCGCUUCCGCGCGCGCUCUCGCCAACUGGCGAGCUGGUGAUGUGUGCGCUCGCGGGGCGCCUCGGCACGGCAGCGUCGUCAACAAUCGACGUCCGUACGGGUGCAUCGACACCGACGAUCCCAUACGAGGUAUACACCAACCCAAACCCGACGCCGACGCCCUACUGGAACCGCGGAGGCGGACGCCACCGCUCCCUGUCGGUUCAAGUGCUGAGCAGCCGGUCUGUCCCGGUGUUUGGGUCGGCGAGCGCCAGCACGACCAACCUUGGCACUGUGCCCAUGUCGGCAUCGGCCAGCACUGGCCAUUAG